ACUAAACCCAGGAGUUGAAGCUUUUGGAGCUGCUCGUGAACGCACCGUGCCGUAGUGUAGUGGGCGCUGCAGUCAGCACUCCAAACGGACCUGCCUCUUCAGGCAGAUAUCCAUGUGUGUGUCUCCACGCUCGGUGUGCUCUCAGACCCGGGAGGACCCUAUGGGAGGACCGCUGUGUGACAGGAUGGAGGACGUCCGCUGUCAGCUCAUUCCGCCGGCUGCGUCACUGUCAGCGGGGACUCUGAAACGCUGAUAGAGACUCCACCGUCGGAGGAAUGCUAGCAAAAUGUGUUGUUUCGUACACAUAUAGUUUGGAGAGUGUGACUAACAACUGACCACGAACCGCGAAGCUGUGGAGAAACGGAGCGAGCUCGGUGCGCGCGAGCUGCUGUCCCCCCCGAAAAUGUGCAACAAGUUACCGCGUUCACACACCGGCCCACUGACCGACAUUAGCCGCGCCUGGAGGUCCGAAUCCGCCUGAAACAUGUUUAUCUUGUGGGUGCCGGUUAGCUUAUUCCUCAGUUUCAUCAUUUCUCAGACGUGGAGCGUUCAGAUGUCGUGGGAUAACUGGGACGCCGAGCAACGCAACCAGGGGAAUGAGUUCGAUAAGCCGAGCUCUCAGCCACACAUCGUGUUCAUCCUGGUGGAUGACCAAGGCUUCCGGGAUGUUGGGUACCACGGCUCCGAGAUCAAAACCCCGACUCUGGACCGGCUGGCCGCGCAGGGAGUCAAACUGGAGAAUUACUACGUGCAGCCGCUGUGCAGCCCGUCCCGGAGCCAGCUCAUGACCGGCAGGUACCAGAUCCACACAGGCCUUCAGCACUCAAUCAUCCGAGCCACCCAGCCCAACUGCCUGCCCCUGGAAAACGUCACCCUGCCCCAGAAGCUCAAGCAGGCGGGCUACUCCACCCACAUGGUGGGCAAGUGGCACCUGGGCUUCUACAAGCGGGGCUGCCUGCCCACGCAGCGCGGCUUCGACACUUUCUUCGGCUCCCUGCUCGGAAGCGGCGACUACUACAGUCACUAUAAAUGCGAAGGGCCCGGGAUGUGUGGCUACGAUCUGUACGAAGGGGAGGAGGCAGCGUGGGAACAGGACCGCGGCUUGUACUCGACCGUGAUGUUGACUCGAAAGGCUAUCGGCAUCUUAGCCAAUCACAACCCUCGCAGACAACCCUUGUUUCUUUACUUAGCCUAUCAGGCCGUUCAUUCCCCGCUGCAGGUCCCGGCCCGCUACCUCGAGCGCUACAAGGGCAUUCCAAACUUGCAUCGUCGGAAGUAUGCUGCCAUGGUGUCCUGCCUGGACGAAGCUGUCCACAACCUCACGUUGGCGCUAAAGCGCUACGGUUAUUAUGACAACACAGUCAUAGUGUACUCCUCAGAUAACGGGGGCCAGCCCUUAGCAGGUGGAAGCAACUGGCCCUUGAGGGGGAGUAAAGCCACCUACUGGGAAGGGGGGAUUCGGGCGGUGGGCUUUGUCCACAGUCCCCUGUUGGUGAACAAAGGGACAAAAUGUCGAUCUUUGGUCCACAUCACUGACUGGUUCCCGACGCUGGUGACGCUGGGCGAGGGGACUUUAGACGAGGAUCUGAGUCUGGACGGGUACGAUGUCUGGGAGGCUAUCAGCGAAGGCCGUCCGUCCCCUCGCAAGGACAUCCUCCACAACAUCGACCCAAUCUACAUCAAAGCCAAGAACGGUUCGUGGAAGGCCGGGUACGGCUUAUGGAACACAGCGAUCCGGGCUGCGCUCCGGGUGGGCCACUGGAAGCUUCUGACGGGUGUCCCGGGCUACAGCGACUGGGUGCCCCCGCAGACCUUCUCCAACCAGCGGCUGACCAAUCGCUGGCACAACGAGCGCGUCUACUGGGACCGGGGGAACUCCAUCUGGCUGUUCAACAUCACGGCCGACCCUUACGAGAGAGUGGACCUGUCCCAGCGCUACCCUCACAUAGUCAAGAAGAUGCUAAUACGGCUAGCGCAGUACAACAAGACCGCGGUGCCCGUACGCUACCCAGCCAAGGACCUGCGCUCGAACCCCCAGUACAACGGGGGCGUGUGGGGACCCUGGUACAAAGACGAGAGGGAGGAGCAAGAGGAGGACGAGAAAUACAAUAACUUGUUCACCAACCAUCUUCUGAAAAGAAGGUGGAAAAAGAAAUCAAAGAACAGGAAGCUGAAAAGGAAGGUAGAAGAGUAGGCGACCCUAUUUGUGAAAGACUUACAGACUUUUCUCAGGGAUUGACAGUUCCUGUUUCAGGAUUGUCCUCUUCAGACGUUCUAUCUCCAGCUAGUUUCAACUUGACUCCACUAUGUACUGUAGACAAAACAAUGCGGACGGACCUUUUGAAAUGCCUCGAAGGAAGAAGAAAAACCUCCUCUCGUUCAAACACUGUUGUCAUGCAUACCAACUUAGACCUCAUGUUAAAGUUAGGGGCA